AAUUGUGCCGCACACGGUAGGAUCAUUAACAGAACCAUGACGUCGGAGAAGAAGAAAUCCAAAGCUAAACGAACGUUGCAGGAGGUGAAAACCCUAGGGCAGCAGCUCCUCUCUUCAAGAACUCACAUCAACAAUCUCCCUCUCCUUCUCUCCUUCGUCUCCCCAAACUUCCCUCCUCAAUAUGUUCUCGAGUCUCUUCUCUCUCUACAGUCCUUCUUUACAACUCUCCUCCCCUCCCUCCCAUCUUCUUUCAAGAGUACCAAAACAACGUCAGAAGAAGAUGACGCUGAGCUUAUUUAUCGGACUUGGUUACGCUCUAAGUUCGAUGACUUAGUUAGGUCGCUUAUCGAUCUUCUUCUGUCGGAGCAGGUGGAUGAAGCUUUGCGACAACUCGUGUUAGAUUCGCUUAUGGAAUUCGUGAAAGUGGGGAAUGGGGGAAGAUUUCAUUCGGCCAUAUAUCACAGAUUGCUUCAUAACAUUCUUCACUCCUCAACACCAGUUGAUCUGGUUUUAGACUCGCUUGCGUCCAAGUACUUCAAGUACAUUGAUAUCCGUUAUUUUACCUACAUUAGCCUUGCAAAGCUUGCUAAAACUUUGGACUCGAAAGACAAUCCUGACGACAAGACUAAGAGUGCUGAUCUACAUGAGAGUCAUUCAAGGGCAAGCAUGGAUCUCUGUAUUCACAGGAUACAUUAUAUCAUCUCACUCAUUCCCCCUCUAGAAGAUGCAAAAGAGAAUUCUGAUUAUGAGAUGUGGAGUGGCCCAGAAUUCUCAUCCAAAAAAAGCGAGUCUAAGACACAGAAUAAGGAUAAUGGUUUGUCUGCUGCCAAUAUCAGCAAAAAGAUGAAAUUAAAGUUUACGAAGGCAUGGAUUUCAUUUCUUAGGUUACCACUUCCAGUUGAUGUGUACAAGGAGGUUCUUAUUUCUCUGCAUCAGGCAGUCAUUCCUUACAUCUCUAAUCCGGUCAUGUUAUGUGACUUCUUAACAAGAUCAUAUGACAUUGGUGGAGUUGUCAGUGUAAUGGCCCUUAGCAGCCUCUUCAUCCUCAUGACUCAGCAUGGCUUAGAGUAUCCCAACUUCUAUGAAAAACUAUAUGCGCUUUUGUUGCCUUCUGUAUUUAUGGCGAAACAUAGGGCAAAAUUUUUUGAGCUUCUUGACACUUGCCUAAAGUCACCACUUCUGCCAGCAUAUUUGGCUGCUGCAUUUGCUAAGAAAUUGAGCAGACUGUCGCUUUCAGUUCCUCCUUCUGGAUCUGUGGUUAUUAUUGCGUUGAUCCACAAUCUCCUUCGGAGACACCCAUCAAUCAACUGUUUGGUGCACCGGGAAGAUUGUAAUGGAAGUGCAACAGACAAUUCAGAUGUGAAAGGGGAGAAUGCUGGCAAUGCAAAUGAUUCCAGAACUGGGAGUGGUGUUUCUGCCAAAUAUCUUGGUGUUGAUCAUUUUAACAAUGAGGAAAGCAACCCUGUAAAGACUAAUGCAUUGAGAAGUUCUUUAUGGGAAAUUGAUACCCUUCGACACCACUACUGUCCACCUGUUUCAAGGUUUGUCCCCUCUCUCGAGAUUGACUCGACCGCCAGAAACAAAACCACAGAGCUCAACAUCAAAGAUUUUAGUUCUAGUUCAUAUGGCACAAUAUUUGGAGAGGAGCUGAGACGAAGAGUAAAACAGGUCCCGCUGGCAUUUUAUAAAGCAACACCCACCUUUUUGUUCUCGGAGUCUGAUUUUCCUGGUUGGACAUUCAACUAUGAAGAAAGCAUGGGAAACAAAUUUGAAGAAAACGGUUGCAGUCCAGCAAAACGACAGCGGGUGUCGUGUUCAUGAACCUGGGUGGUGAUUGUCGCUUCGGAAAAGCCCGAUUCGUUCUCAACAUCUAUCAACGAUUUUGUUUUAGUUCUUUUUGUUUGAAAUAACUGGCAGUUUAGAAGGUCCUCUCUGCGUCAAUUUCACAUGAGUAAUUACUAUUGAUUGUACAUUUCUUUUUGGUUGUGUAGGGUUCAUGCUACUGUAUUAUUCAGCAAAUUUUGAUAUUUAUCUAAUGAAAAUUACUUGAUGCGGGUUUAUCUCA